GUGAAUAAGUAUGGCACUUAUCCAGUACGUUUUCCUGAAAUUAUCCUGAAUCCAGCCAACCAGAACAUCCAUGACUACUUUGGUAUCGCGCAAGUAGAUAUCCUGGCUCCCGAGCGCCUAUUCCAUCCGGUGUUACCUGUCAGAGAAGGAGGAAAGCUAACGUUCCCUCUCUGCAGAACCUGCGUGAAAGAAGAAAUGGCCAAACCACUCCUAGAACGCAGCAAUAUGUGCGGUCACACACGUGAACAGCGAAUCUUACACGGCACCUGGUGUACUCCGGAACUGCAAAAAGCGGUAGAAAAAGGAUACGAAAUCCAGAAAAUCCAUGAAGUCUGGCAUUUUACCCCAGAGAACCGCUGCACCGGACUGUUUGCAGAGUAUGUCAACACCUGGCUCAAACUAAAACAGGAGAGCGCUGGCUGGCCCAGUGAUUGCGUUACUCCGGAGCAGAAAGCAGAGUAUGUCCGAGACUACGAGGAACAUGAGGGGAUUAAACUGGAACAUGUCGCAGAAAAUCCUGGACGGAAAUCUAUUGCCAAAAUGCUUUUGAACAGGUAACUAGUUAUGUUAAAACGUUUUUACGAUGAAACCACGAUGAAACCCCGAUAAAACAAUGAAACCACGAUGAAACGGCGAUUCAUCGUCGACGAAACCACGAUGAAACCACGAUGAAAAAUGUUUUAAAGUUUAAGUUGCACACUUUUUCCACAAUUAAAAUUUUUUUAGUGCAGUAAAAGUCUGCACUUUUUAAAUUUAAAUUGCAGUGUUUUAUUACAUUUUUAAGUUCGCGAAAUGUUUUGUAUCGUGCAUUUACCGAUGCAUAGUACUGAUCAAAAUUUACAAGGAUUUGUAUGAAAAAUGGUUAAAAAAGUCUGCAGUUAAGAAUUUUAAGUUGCAGUGUUUUACUGCAUUUUAAGAAUCGUGAAUUAUUUCCACCUGUGUAACGACAAAUGCAAGCGACAAAUCAAAAGUUAUAAUCUGCGGACCGCACAGAAAACAAUAACAAACUGUUCUUUCUUUUUUCUGUCUUUCAGUUUAUGGGGAAAAUUUGGCGAACGCCAAAACAAGCCCGUGACCCACUGCAUUACACAACCAGCUGACCUCUUCAGAAUCCUGGACGAUUCCUCCUUGUUUAUCUCUGCCAUACGUAUUUGCUCCGAAGACGUGAUGGAGAUCGUGACAACCACCGCGGAAGAGGAAUAUGAACGCAGCUUUAAAACCAACGUGUUCGUGGCGGCGUUCACCACAUCACUAGCCAGAUUGAAACUCUACGAGGCCCUUGAUUUUCUAGGUGACCGAUGUCUGUAUUACGAUACAGACUCGGUCAUUUACAAAACCAAACCGGGCCAGGAGAAACUUCCGCUUGGCAGGUACCUCGGGCAAUUUACAGACGAGCUGGGAGGCGACAGCAUCGUAGAAUUCUGUAGCGGCGGCGCCAAAAAUUAUGGCUACCUAACCAAAAAGGGCAAAGUCGAGUGCAAAGUUCGUGGGUUCACACUCAAUUAUGAAGCACUGCAGACCUUAAACUAUUACACAAUGCGCGACAACAUCCUGAAAGAACUGGACGAACCCCUUCAGCAGCGCAGAGAGAUGGCUAUCACCAUUACUGAUUUCUUUGCACGGGAUCAAACGACCAAGAAAAUUAAACUCACAGAACGAGUGAAAAAGUAUGGACUUGUCUUUGACAAACGUGUCAUUGAUCCUGCCACUCGCGUGUCCACACCAUACGGAUACAAUUGGUUCGGCGGAGACGCAGAACUGUUACUUUCAUUGUAA